CGAAUCGUGCCCUAAUUACAAGCUCGGUUCGCCGAGUAGUGCGUUGCUAGUCUGGUUGCGGCGAUGUCGGCUGCAGCAGCAGUAGCUGACGGGCGGAAAAAGCGAAAGAACCACCACAAUGGAGUAGCUGAUGAGUCCGUCGCCCCAUCCCGGUUGCAUGGCGUGACGAGCGGCCGCGAGGACGCUGAUGUGCUGCUCAAGGAGAUCUCUGGAUGCAUGGACGGCCUGCGAGGAGCGGUCAAGACGGCAGCAGCCGCGGCAGAAGGCAAAACAGAGAAGCUGGCGGGGGAGAUCAAGCAGAUGAUCACGUCGAACGGCGGCACGGUUUAUCCGCAGCAGACGAGCGGCAAGCUGAAGCUCAAUGUGGGCGGCACCGUUUUGUCCAUCCCGGUGUCGUCCCUCCUGCAGCCCAAGGUGAAGAGGACCUUCCUCUCCACCCUGCUGCUCCACUUCACGGACGCGCUGCCCAAGGACACCAACAAGGUGCCCUACCUCGAGAUGCACCCGCCCUACUUCCGCUGGCUGCGCAACCAGCUGGCGCUGCUCGAGAGCCCCCACAUCAGCGAGAUAAAACUCCUCCCUCCCAAGAGCGACGACCCAUCCCAUGCCGAGUACCACUCUCUGUUCAUGCAGAAGCUGGGCAGCGACAUCGAGGAGCAGCCACAGGCGCCGAGCACGUCGGCUGCAGCAGCUGCUGCUGCAGCGGCGGGAGGGAAUGGCGAGAUGGCCGAUGCGGGUGGAGGCGGGUCGGAUGAGCUGAUUCUGUUGGACGACUCCACGUCUGAGGAGGAGAGCGACGAGGGCGGGGAGGGUGGGGCGAGGGAGGCGUUUAGGGAGAUAGACCAGUACGUGAGGCGGUACAAGGGCCUCGUCAGUGCACUGCGGAAGCAGAAGGAGAAGAUGGAGGCGUUCCUGUCGGCGAUGCGGCCGUUCGUCAAGGGGGAGAGUAGCGACGAGGAUGUGGAGGUGAUGACGCUGAGCGUCAACGACGAGGAUGUGUCGGUCCUCCGCCGCACCGUCGCGCCACUCGGAGCCGGCCAUGCCCUCGUCAAACGCUACGACAAGUAGGAAGGCAUGGGAGGGAAGGACCGAACUAAAGAAACAUAUGUACAUGUGUGUGUAUCCUUGUAUGUGCUGCUGCAGGGACAAGUGGCCCGAUCAGGAUGUGCAUCAGACGUCCGACGAAUUCCUCCAACUCAUCGUCGACUUCGCGCGCCGGCUGACAUGCAUACCAGACGGGCGAUUUGUGCAUCCUCCGGUCGUGGCGCAACACGACAAGGAGAUAUUUGCUGUGGAGCUCGGCAUGUACGGCCUCAGUACGGUGCCGACCGUGGUGGGCGGGGCGGCGGAGGCCUCCACGGUCAUCAGGACGGCUGACGAGUGGCUGCAGGUGAUGAAGAUGACGAACAAGAAGAUCGCCGUGCCUCCAUCGCUGCUAUACAAGUGAGACCGACUGCUGACACAGAGACGGGCAGAACGGACGACAAGCCAUGAAUCUAAUUGCGUCAUCCACGCAGGGGCAGCCGCGACACGUAUGUGUUCCCCAAGAUGCUCGAGUGUGUCGAGAGCAAGAGCGGCCUGCUCUUCGCCCUCCGAGAUGGCGACACUCACCGAUUCGGCUGCUUCAUCGACGGCCCCCUCACGCCGCCUGACGACCCCACAGAUUUCCACAAGUACAAGGUGCCCGUCUUCUUCUACUCGCUCAGCGGCGCGUAUGAUGCGCCGACCAAGAUCGAGCCGCCCGAGGGGAGGCAGAGGGCAACUUGGCAGAGGGUGACGGUCGCCGGCACACAGGGGGCGGUGAAGGACUGUAAGGGCGAGCCGACUGCGAACGUGAGCAUCGCUUGCGGUCGUCUCUGGCUGGGGUAUGCCGAUCCUGGUCCUGCGGCCGACCUCAGCAGCUGCCAGCAGGGAAUCGAAAAGAAGCAUCUACUGGCAGCAGGGGAAUACAGGGGGAAGGUCAAGCAUGGCGAUGGGCCACUCGCCCAGCAGCAAGACUUCACGUGCAGCGAGAUGGAAGUAUGGCACAUCAAGGAGGUAAGGCGCGCGCCAGCAGGACGCAUGCCAUGGUGGCUGUCAUGUGGAGCCCUCUAUGGAUGUGCCUGUGCAUAUGUUUUGUAGGUGGUGAGUGGCUGA